AACAUCAAAAAUUUCCAUCAAUUGUCUGUAUACUCUACACUUUGUGCAAUUGCUUGUCGGCGCGAUAUAUUUUGCGAGAUAUUUGAACCUACAAACUUCAUAAUCGCGAAAAUCAGACAAGAGCAGACCGAAACAAUGUCAGCCACAGUCACAAAAAAGAAAUGCGGUGUCCUCGGAGCCACAGGCUCUGUAGGCCAGCGGUUCAUCCUUCUUCUGGCUGACCACCCACACCUGGUCCUGCACAAAGUCGGUGCCUCGUCUCGUUCCGCCGGAAAGAAAUACAAAGAUGCCGUGAAAUGGAAGCAGGCCGCGCCCAUGUCCAAGGAGCUCAGUGAAUUGAUUGUUCAGGAUUGCACGGCGGACAACUUUCAGGAUUGUGAUCUUGUGUUUUCUGGAUUGGAUAGUGAUAUUGCUGGCGAUGUUGAAAUGCAAUUCAUCAAAGCCGAAAUCCCAAUCUUCUCCAACGCGAAAAACUACCGCAAACACCCCCUCGUCCCCCUCGUCGUCCCCACCGUCAACCCAACCCAUCUCGAACUCAUCCCACACCAACGCAAAGAAUUCGGCCUGAAAAAGGGGUUCCUAGUGUGCAACUCCAACUGCGCCGUCAUCGGAAUUGUCAUACCCUUUGCCGCACUACAAGCCAAAUUCGGCCCCGUUGAAGAAGUCGAGAUUUUCACAGAACAAGCCGUGUCCGGUGCAGGGUAUCCCGGUGUCCCCUCAAUGGAUAUCGUGGACAAUGUGAUCCCAUUCAUCAGUGGAGAAGAGGAUAAACUCGAAAACGAAGCGCAAAAGAUUCUCGGCGGACUUAACAGCGAUGCAACUGCCUUCCAGGAACAAUCCGGUCUACGUGUGGGAGCUACUUGUACUCGCGUCGGGGUCACAGAUGGACAUAUGGCAUUUGUCUCGCUACGGUUUAAGAAUAGGGAUUCCGUCCCGAGUGCGGAGCAGGUUAAGCAAGCGCUACGAGAAUAUCAGUCCGAGGCUCAGAAACUAGGUGCGCACUCUGCACCUGAACAGGCGAUUGUCGUAUUUGAUGAACCGGAUCGUCCUCAACCAAGACUUGAUCGUAACAUUUCCGGGGGUUAUGCGGUUAGUGUUGGACGUGUUCGUGAGGGAGCACCGGGGGGUCACUUUGAUAUUCGGUUCGCUUGUUUGUCGCACAAUACAGUCAUUGGGGCGGCGGGAUCGUCUAUUCUGAAUGCGGAGGUCGCUAUCAUCAAGGGAUACCUUUAGAUGUAAAUAAUACAUAGUUACUAUAUAGCAAAAAGCUGUUAAACCGAGUC